AUGCCUGCGCAGUGUGCAGAGCAGCGUCGCUCUCGGGAUGAGCAGCUGCAGAAGCAGAGCGCCGGAGAGGUCACCGUGGAACGUUUGCGCCUCGAGCUGCGGGAGCUGAAUGCUGAUCGAACAAGGCUACAGCGCGAGGCGGACCAAGCAACCCAAGAACGCAAUCGCCUUGAGGUCGAGCUGCAGGUUGCGGCACCCGCUCUGGAUGAGGUGGUGCGUCGGUGCAAGCAUUUGGAGGAACGUCUCGUGGAGCGAGUGCGGGAGCUGGGUGAUGAGUCUGACCGUGUACAGCGACUCGAAGACCAAGCAGAAUCUGCCAAGGCACGGCUGCGGGCCAUGGAGAAUCAGAAUGAAGCCUUGGCGAGAAAGCUUCAGUCUCCUCGGUCGCUGCAGAGCUCGGCACCGAAGGCAUGUCCGCCGCAACGACGCUUCGUACAGCCCGAUAUCCGGCCUUCAAAUCAGGAGCCAAGUCCUGGGCGUCACAGCUUUCCUCGAGUAGCCGCUGUCGCUGCCGCACAGGCCGCAUUGCAGGAGCCGCGUGGCGACAUGAGUGCCAGGCGAGCGAUGGGAAGGCCCGCGAUGGAGUCUGCCCGACUUGAGCUCUACAAAAUGGGCUCGCGAUUGGAACGCGAUCUCCUGCCAUUCUUGCAGAAGGAUGUUCGCCAGGUCCUGGGUGGAGUUCGGGUGAACAUACCAAACAAAACCAAGGGACAGAGCAAGGAUCUCCUAUCCUCAGCUCGAGCGAUCUUAGGCAAAAUCUCCAAGGCUGAUGUCUGUCUUCACUACAGCCUCAAGAACAUGCCGGCAGGUGUCCGACCCUUUCGCGAAUUUCUGCUUGAAGCUGCAGAUGUGGGUGUUCAAGCUGUACUGCUCGUAUCGGGUACUGGGAAGAAGCCGAAGCGCGAUGCUGUGAGCUGCUUGUGCGAGCUCGCUGCUGAUCUACGCGAAAGCCAGGUGAAACUCCCACGCCUGGGCGUUGCAUUCAGUCCCUUUGAAGAUCCUGAGAUCGAGCAAGCACGCUUGAAGGACAAGUUGUCUUCCGGCCUGGUAGAUUCAAUCUGGCUGCAGAUUGGCUCUGACUUGGAGGCUCUGCGUGCUGGGCUGGAGUUCCUUCGAGAUGCAGCAGGUGACAUCAGAAUCUACGGCUCUGUCUUCGUGCCAUCGCGGCAGCUUCUGAGCAGGUUCCGCGAGCGCCCAUGGACUGGAGUCGAUCUCACCCCCAACAACUAUCUGGAGUCCCUCGAGAAUGCUGAGAAGGUGACCCAGCAGAUCUUAGAAUUGUACUCCGAGUUCGGUGUGCUGCCACUGGUGGAGAGCCCUGUGGAAAAUGCCCCUGCGCUGCGAAGCAUGACGGCUUUGUUCCGAGAUCCACAGGACAGCCUUCGAAGCAGCCCCGAGCCGCAGGGAGCCCCUGAAACGGCCCUGGCUCCGGGCGACGGGGACCGUCGGAGCGAAGGUUUGGCCUUGAUGUGGUUUCGUGUGGAUCUGAGAGUGCACGACAACCCUGCCUUGACCGCCGCAGCACGGCACCCAGAGCUUCUCCCUCUCUACAUCGCAGCAGAGGAAGAAGUGGGGGGAGCGGCCCAGGUCUGGGUGAAGGAGUCCUUGAAAGCCUUAUCAGCCACGUUGGAGAGCAUGAGCUCAAGGCUUUGCUUGCGUCGUGGGGAUGUCACUGAGGAGCUGAAAUCCCUCUGCCGGCAGCUGAAUGUCAGAGCCGUUUAUUUCAAUCGUCGAUAUGAGCCGUGGCUGAAGGAAGCAGACGACCGAAUCUCCAGCGAGCUGCAGCAGAUGGGCGUGGCCGUGCAUAGCUUUGAGAGCUACUUGCUCUACGAACCAGAGACCAUCUCGAUGAACAGUGGCUUUCACCACGGCCAUUGGGGAACCUUGCUGCCUUUCCUGGGAGCCUGCCGCAGGCUUGGGCAGCCCCGGAAGCCCCUUCCCAAGCCGGCGACACUUCCAUCCAGCCCCAAGCUGGCCAAAGAAAUCACACAGCCUUUGGAGGAACUCUACCUUGCUAAAAUCCCACCUGGCAUACAGGAUUGGAGUGCCCCGAUACGCGAGGCAUGGGACUUUGGCGAAGAUGCAGCACUCUCCCGGAUGCAUUCCUUUGUGCUGGGGCCACGCCUGGAGAACUAUGAGAAGCAGCGGAGCCGGGCAGACCUGGAAGAGAAUCCCAACUCACGCUUAUCGCCCUACCUCCGAUGGGGGCAGCUCUCCCCCCACGAUCUCUACUGGGCUGUAAAGGGGACGGGACUUCAAGAAAAGGACGUGAAGACCUUUCAGCGCAGGCUCUUCUGGAGAGAGCUCGCAUACUUUCACUAUAUGGUCUUCCCUCACAUGCGCCAUGAGCCGAUCCGGUCGAACUACAAAGACAUUCGGUGGAGCCAAGACAUGCAAUUGCUCAAGAAGUGGCAAAGAGGCUCAACCGGAUAUCCCCUGGUCGAUGCAGCUAUGAGGGAGCUUUGGCAAACUGGUUGGUGUCAACAAAACAUGCGGAUGGUGGUGGCCUCUUUCUUGGUUGAAUACUGCAACAUUGACUGGGUCAAGGGUGCUGAGUGGUACGAGGACACGCUGGUGGACGCGGACAUUGCGAUCAACAGCAUGAUGUGGCAAAAUGCUGGACGUUCUGGCAUUGAUCAGUGGAAUUUCGUUAUCUCUCCUGAAGGUGGGUCCCAGGACCCUUCGGGUGCCUACGUCAGACGCUGGGUGCCUGAGCUGCAGAACCUGCCAAGACGAUUUCUUCACAAGCCAUGGGAGGCACCAGCGGACGUCUUAAAAGCAGCCGGUGUUGUCCUGGGCGAGACCUACCCUUUUCGUUGUGUCUCAGAUUUGAAGGGGGCACGGCAGCUUUCUGCGGAUGCCGUGCUGAAUAUGCGCCGUGGAAUCAUGAACAGCACUUGGAACGAUGCCGAGGGUUACGACGUCAUCAGCCUCCCUGGCGGAGAGCUCACCAAAGUCUUCACGAGGCGAGAGUUCCGCCUGCCAAACUCCGAUGCGCCAAAGCAGCGGAGCCGGAAACGCUCGCCAAGGCCUGCUGCCAGCAGAUCUCGGUCGAAAGUCGCGAGGCGUGCUUGCCAGCGGUCACUUGCGAACUGGGUCCUCCGUGACCCAGGACGUGCCGUCAUCGAUUUGGACAGCUAG